UUGCUCUUAUCCAUUUUCGCCUCUGUUCCCCACUCCCAUUUUUAAUAAUCCCAUCUUUUCUCCAACCUUUCCAGCUUCCACAGGCCAAAGAUUUGGUCUUUAUUUCUCAGAUAUAUUCUUAGUGCACAAGAUUGCAGAUUUGGGUGUUUUUGGAUUUCAGUUCUGAUAUGAUGAAGCUGAUAAUCAUGGAUGAGGAUCAAACCCAUCUUCAAGAUCCAUCAUCACUGUCUCCUUCUUCCUCUGAUGUGUGCAGUGAUGAUCUUUCCUCUGACUCAGAUUUAUUUGGUGAUGAAGAAGAAGAGGAAGAACAAGAAGAAGAAGAAGAUAGCCUGUCUCCAUCUUCUGGUUCUAGCCAUGGUGAUGAACCCUUGCAAGACAUGUCAACCCUCCUCCAAGAACUGCCCUUCAAGAGGGGGUUGUCAAGGCAUUACAAUGGGAAGUCACAAUCAUUCACAUCACUAUCAAAUGUGAGGAGUUUAGAAGAUCUUGCCAAGCCAGAAAACCCAUACAACAAGAAGCUCAAAUCAUGCAGGAGCUAUGGAGGAUUGUUUCUAGAAGGGUGCAAAAACAGCAGCCAUAAUAAUCAGCCUCCUCAAAGAAGCAGCAGUUCUUCAAGGCUGGGACACUUGAAGAAGUCUUCUAGCAGAGGGUCAUGUUCAUCUCUAAGCUCAAGGAGAAAUAAUGGCAGCUUUCUUGGAAACAGACCCCCCACUGUUCCCCCUCACAGAUCUGCUAGCACAUCCAACUUUGCCAAUCAAACCCCUUUGCUAGCUUGAAAACUAAAUUCCCAGUUUUCCAUUGCUGUUUGUAUGAGAGUUCUGUACUGUUCUCAGAAUUCUGGAAACCUAGCUGACAUGUUCACUUUUGAUGAAAUAUGAUCAGAAAAAUUUGUAACC